AUGCCUCUUCAUCACCUUCACCCGGAGCCCUGGAGCGCCUCCAUAGCCUCAUCAGAGCUGUACGCGCUCGGCCCUCACUCGCCCUAUCUGGACUCUCAAGGCGCCACUUCUUCAAAACCUACCCUGAUGGCUUCCCCAUCUACUAUGGCUCCAUUGAGCCCGGGCCUCCACCGGCAGCACAUGGAGAACGGUGAUGACCGCCUGAACUGGGUGGAGGAGGCUCUUACUUCCCCCUCUUCUCUUCAAGAAUACCAUUACCGUCGUCACCCUCACCCCAACGACUACAAUCCUACCCAAAUGGAGAUCCUAGAUCUGCCAGAGAUGUGUGCUUCCCCUCCUUCACUUUUUGAAAUUGCCUCGUAUCUCUCGCAGGCAGCGCCUGGGGACAGCAUCCAUGCCCCCAUGACGAUCUCGUCGCCCGAACCUGCUCCUUCACGGGAUAACUCGGCCUCUAGCGAGUCCAGCGAUGAUCCGCCAUACUCCAAACUCAUCUAUGAGGCCCUGGUAUCUGCAGACAACAAGAAACUGCCACUUCAGGGUAUCUACAACUGGUUCGUGAAGAACACGGCGAAGUGCAAAGACCCAUCCUCAAAGGGCUGGCAGAACAGCAUCCGCCACAAUCUUUCCAUGAAUGCAGGAUUUGAACCUAUCAAGGAAGAAGCAGCACCGGGCAAGAGAGCAGCCAACUUCUGGCGUCUGACGCAGGAAGCACUGGAGCAGGGGGGCGUCCAUUCGACUACUCGCUACCGUAAGGCGAACCACAAGCGAACCAAGAGCUCUAGUCCUCCCGCCCCUCCUCAGCGGCAUCAUCAUUCAGGGUCUAAGGGAGGGUCCAAGGCCACCAGGAGCAGCGCAGCGAAGAUCCGCCAUUCGACCACCACCCGCACGAGCCAGGACGAGCUACUGCGAAAGGAACAAUAUCGAGCUCGACCACCGGUCCACCAUCUCCGCCGCCAGCUUCAGCAACAGACCCCUUACCAUAAUCACCCUUCUCCUCCCCAUCGCAAUCAUUAUGCACCAAUGGAUCCCUCGCCCGCCGAUAUUAUGCAAGCCUACCACACCAUGGACCCCGCAGAGACCAACAGUUCACCAGUGCGUCCAUUCGAUCCAAGCAUGGUGAUCGGCUGCGCCGGCCUACCGACGGACGCCACCGCUCCCGUCUUCGUAGGCGCCCUAGAGACGGGGACAGGCUGCUUGGCUUUUGAUGAUCCUGCGUAUCUAAGCUGGAUUGGGCUGCACUAUGACUCCGGCAACGGGGAGCCUACCGGGCCUGACGUCUCGCACGGUCUCUCCCCCGGCGUGUACACUGUGCUGCACUAG